UUGUCUGUCCCAGUUUUGACGUCCGUAAACGUCCGCACGCUCGCUUGUUGGUUGUUGUUGGCGAAGUUUGUCAAUAUUGUUGGUUCAGCGAUGACUGGAGACGCUUCAAACGAUGCCGUCGAUGUGUCAGUUAUAAUCCCAGUCUUCAACGGCAAGCAAUGGAUCGACGAAUGCCUGAGCUCAGUAGCGCAACAGGAAUUCGACGGUACCUUGGAAGCGUCCAUUUACGACGACUCCAGCACGGACGGAACGGCCGAGCUAUUGCGAGAUUGGAAACCGAAACUAGAAUCGCGCGGCAUUUUCGUCCGCAUUUCGUCGGGCGAUCCGGGUUCCAAACCUAGAGGAGUUGGCUUCGCGAAAAAUGCCGCCGUGCGACAGAGCAAGGGCCGGUACCUUUGCUUUCAGGACAUCGAUGACGUCAUGCACCCGUCCCGUGUUCAAGAGCAGUUCUACGAAGCAACGAAACUAUCGCCCAACACGAUUGUAGGCUCCCAGUAUCAUCGCUUACCAGAAGGAUCUACUGAACGUUAUACAUUAUGGGCCAACACCCUGGAUCCAAAAAAGCUCACAGUUCAGGUUUACACGUCUCACGGACCCACUGUCAUCAUGCCCACGUGGUUCUGCAGCAGAGCCGUCUUCGACGCCAUAGGUGGCUUCGACGAAACUGGAAAGGGCACACCGGAAGACCUCAUCUUCUUUUACAAGCACCUUGACCUUGGAGGGAAUGUCGCCAGGGUGGAGAAAGACCUGCUGACCUACCGUUACCACCCGCAACAGUCUACGUUCACGAUAGCAGAGUCCACCAUUUGGGACCUGCGACUUGCCAGGCUGAAGCAGCACGUCUUAGCGCGUUGGCCGAGCUUUACCAUCUGGAACGCUGGGAAGCAGGGUCGCAGGUUUUACAGGAGCCUCGACAUUGCGAACCGAAGAAAGGUGUCUGCAUUUUGCGACGUGGAUGAGAAGAAAAUCUCCAGAGGAGUGUACAUCCACGAAGAAUCUGAGGAAGUGCCCAGACCAAGGGUACCCAUAAUUCAUUUUAGGGAUGCCACACCGCCAUUGGUUAUAUGCAUGAAAUUGGACCUGACCAAUGGCUCUUUCGAGGCUAACCUAUCUUCAUUAAACCUCAUCGAAGGCGUUGACUACGUGCAUUUUUCAUAGCAGCCUGAACUGCAAUAGCCGAUUGGUUGUUGACUGUAAAUAAAUGUUUUAUAAAAAAUAAAAAGGAAAAAUGUAAAACA